AUGGAACAGAGGGAAACCCCCACUGACGAAGAGCGAGACCGCAUCUCGGAAUUACCCGACGAGAUCCUCCAUGACAUCCUAUCUCGUGUAAAAUCCCAAAAAUUCGUCGGUAGCGCCACCGUCCUCAGCAAAAGAUGGGCCAAGCUCUGUUUCUCGUACCCAACCUUGGAAUUCAACGGCAACGAUUUCCGAUCCAAGGAAACCCUAAAAAGCUUCAUCGCUGCAGCCGCUAAGAGGUUAUCUUCCUCCCAACACCAAAACAACACCAAUUCCGAUCUCUUCGCCGUCACGAUUAAAUUUGACAUCAGCGGUUGGAUGGGAAACCACAACUCGGACUUCUGCACCACCAUCCUUGACGAUCUGCUCGGAUCCGUCGCCGAGAAUCCGCCACAAAAGAUAUAUGUCACAGCAUCGCUUUACAGCAUCCCACGCGAGUUUCUAUUACCCGCUGGCGACGGCCAAUUAUGUCGAAUCAAACAUCUCAGCUUGGAGAAUUGCAACUUUGACCGCUACGUUGACCUUUUCCCAGACGACAAAAACAACAGGAGCAACCCUUUUGACUGUCUUCGCGGAUCCCUCAGAAGGUUGAGCCUCAUGAGCGUCAAUUUCCCCGACGGCGGCCGGAUUCUGAAUAGCAUGGUCGCCGGCGCCUCCCUCUUGGAGGAAUUGACGGUGAUGUUUUUUCGAGGGGUUAAGAGGGUUCAGGUUCUGGAUCUACCGAACCUGAAAAUUUUGAAGCUUUACACCCGUGACAAGGUGGACUUCGAUAUCGCAUGGCCCCACUGUCCAUCAAAGGAUGGCGCCAUGGCGAUUGUCUUGACGCCAGAUCUGGACAGUCUGAAUAUCGCAUCUGCACGUGAUUGUGCAUCCGCCAAAUGGGACGUUGAAGAUUUGAUAUGGGAUUCCCCACUCUUGGACUCGUCAAAAACAUCAACAAGGGAUUUCUCGAAAGUGUAUGACCUGCAGAUCGUCAAUAACGAUGAGUUAAAGGAAGUCAAAUUGAAUUCAUGGAACUAUUCGAUUAGUCUCUCUGACAUAAGAUUCCUUCCAUGGGUUAACCUUCAUUUCUUCCCUACAAUCUUAAGUAAGGAUGACAAAUCCUUUGCCUUGGUGACCAUCCACACCCCACUCUCCAGACUCCAUUUUCAUGAUUUGGGGAAGCUUCUUGCGAAGCUAAGCCAAUUCUGGUUGAGUGUACAACUCAUACAUGAGUUUCCAAAUGGUUGGGAGGAAGAUGUGGAUCAAUGUGGAGAUGUUCAGUCUCCAAUCAUUGAACAUGUGAUAAUUUCACAUCGGUCUUUGUCAUCGUGCAAUAAGAAGGAAUUCUUUUUAGAUACCAUAUUCUAUUGUUGUCGCCCUAAAUUUUUAUCUUUUACUCCGAGGAUAUAUAAACUGUCCAGAGAAAAUAUGUUAUCAGUUGGUGAGUCUAUACAACAGCUCUUCAUGAAAAGAGAAUUCAAUGAUCGUUGUCAUGUCAAAUGCAAUUGCUGGCGCCAUCGAUUGGAGGAUGUCAAAAUCUUACAUAGAAGUAUAAAAGGAAGCAUUAAAGAGGACAAAGUUAUGAACAUUUCAGAUUUUAUGUUUUCAUCUCUUAGUCAACAAGAUAAAAUCUGGUUUGUUUUGAUCUGGCGUUAA